GGAUUUUCUUUGCGAAUAGAUCGUCUGAUCGUUCGUUCAUUAAUUCUUCAGAAAUCUUGAAUUUUGGAAUGAAAAGAAUGGUUGGUAAAGAGUGUUGAUUUUACAGAAUUUGAUAGAAAAGAUGUGUUUUGUGAAGAUUUUUUAUGUUUUUUCAGUUUCUUAGGUCUUGAUUGUUUCGAAGGAAGUGGGAUUCUUUCUCAGCUUCGAGAAUUUUGAGGACAUUUUGUUUGGGAUUUUUGGAAGCAGUUAGCUGAUGAAGGGGUGGAUGUGGAUCUGUUGCUGGUGGUGAAUAUUUAGAGGGGGCGACAAUGUCGAAGGUCGUCUAUGAAGGGUGGAUGGUGCGAUAUGGACGGAGGAAGAUCGGACGUUCGUUCAUCCAUAUGCGAUAUUUUGUUCUUGAGUCUCGGCUUCUUGCUUACUACAAAAAAAAGCCGCAAGACAAUGUAGUUCCAAUCAAGACCCUUCUUAUUGAUGGCAAUUGUAGAGUUGAGGACCGUGGCUUGAAGACACACCAUGGGCAUAUGGUCUAUGUUUUAUCUAUCUACAACAAGAAAGAGAAAUACCAUCGAAUUACGAUGGCAGCGUUCAACAUCCAGGAAGCACUGAUCUGGAAGGAAAAAAUUGAGCUUGUCAUUGAUCAGCAUCAAGAGUCUCUGAUUUCCAAUGGUAACAAAUUUGUUUCAUUUGAAUAUAAAUCUAGUAUGGAUAGUGGGAGGGCUGCUUCGUCAUCAGACCGUGAAAGUCAGUGCAGUGCACAUGAGGAUGAAGAGGAGAACAAUCCAACAUUACUACGGAGAACGACAAUUGGAAAUGGGCCUCCUGACUCAAUACUUGACUGGACUGAGGAUUUUGAAUCAGAGUUUUCAAAUCAGGACAGUAGUAAUCAAGUCUUCUCUAGAAAACAUUGGCGUCUUGUCCAAUGCCAGAAUGGCCUUCGCAUUUUUGAAGAGCUUCUUGAAGUUGAUUACCUUCCAAGGAGCUGUAGUAGAGCAAUGAAGGCUGAAGGUGUGGUGGAGGCUACCUGUGAAGAAAUUUUUGAGCUUGUAAUGAACAUGGAUGGAACACGGUUUGAGUGGGAUUGCAGCUUCCAAUCUGGUAGCUUAGUUGAGGAGGUAGAUGGACAUACUGCAAUAAUUUAUCACAGUCUGCAUCUGGACUGGUUCCCAAUGAUUAUCUGGCCCCGUGACCUUUGCUACGUGCGAUAUUGGCGCCGUAAUGAUGAUGGAAGUUAUGUUGUGUUAUUUCGUUCUAGGGAGCACGAGAAUUGUGGUCCCCAGCCUGGAUUUGUGCGGGCCCAUGUUGAGAGUGGUGGAUACAACAUUUCCCCUCUAAAACCUCGCAAUGGGAGGCCUCGAGCAAAGGUACAGCAUCUUAUGCAAAUUGAUCUGAAAGGCUGGGGUGUGGGUUAUGUUCCUUCCUUUCAGCAACAUUGUCUACUUCAAAUGUUGAAUAGUGUGGCUGGGCUACGUGAAUGGUUUUCUCAAACAGAUGAAAGGCAUGCAGUUCCAAGGAUCCCAGUCAUGGUAAAUAUGACCUCAGAUACUGUUUCUUCAAAGAAAAAUAAAAAAACACAGGAACCUUCUGUUCAGCCUGCCCCGUCACUUGAUCAUAUCAAUGCUGCUAGCAGAAACUCUGUAUUGAUGGAUGAAUACUCUGAUGAGGAUGAAGAAUUUCAGAUAGCUGAUGCUGAACAAGAGGCAUCCCCAGAAAGGGUUGAGAAUGAAGUCAAACGGCCAGCUUUGGAUGAGGAACCAACAGAUCAAAUUGAUUUGUCUUGUUUUUCUGGCAAUCUACGGCGGGAUGACCAUGAUAAGGGUCGUGACUGUUGGAGAGUGUCUGAUGCUAACAAUUUCAGAGUCCGUAGCAAAAACUUCUGUUUUGACAAAACCAAGGUUCCUGCGGGGAAGCAUCUGAUGGAGCUUGUUGCAGUUGAUUGGUUCAAGGAUACAAAGCGUAUGGAUCAUGUUGCUAGACGUCAAGGCUGUGCAGUGCAAGUUGCCUCUGAAAAAGGACUAUUCUCACUUGUCAUAAAUCUGCAAGUACCUGGUUCAACCCAUUACAGUAUGGUGUUCUAUUUUGUGAUGCAGCAAUUGGUACCUGGAUCUCUGUUGCAACGUUUUGUCGAUGGGGAUGAUGAGUUCCGUAACAGUAGGCUGAAGCUUAUUCCAUCAGUUCCUAAGGGUUCAUGGAUCGUGCGCCAGAGUGUUGGAAGCACUCCUUGUCUGUUGGGCAAAGCAGUUGAUUGCAACUAUAUUCGUGGUCCUAAAUACUUAGAAAUAGAUGUUGAUAUUGGUUCUUCUACUGUGGCCAAUGGAGUCUUGGGGCUUGUUUGUGGCGUAAUUACCACCCUGGUUGUUGACAUGGCUUUCCUUGUACAGGCAAAUACUGCAGAUGAGCUGCCUGAACGACUUAUUGGUGCUGUUCGCGCCUCACAUGUUGAGCUUUCAUCAGCAAUAGUUCCAAUAUUGGAACCCAAUCCAUCAACUGCAGAAUCUGACGAUUGAUUUGAAGCGAAGUUUGUAUCCAGCAUUCUUUACUCAGCUUUCUUUCUCUGUAGAUCUUCAAGUAAUUGUCUUUACUACAUGAUAUGUUCAAAUAUAUAUAAAUUGGUUCCCAUUCAAAGCCACUCCCUUUUCCAUGUAUUCUUUUGAGGAAUCUAGUUUUUUGCUGGAGCAUUCUCACCACAUGUCGAGCAUUCAUAAAAGAGAAGCGUGAUUGUC